AUUAUUUUUAGUAAAUAGAUUAAAAUAAUAACAAAAUGAGAUAGGAUCCAUAUCAAAAAACCAUUCAGUGUUUAGGUUGUAUAAAAAUUAAGCAUGGAUUUCUUCUCAGAAAUAAUAGGAGAAACUGUGAUAUUGGGAAUUGAUUCUCUCAUUCUUGGCUUCUGUGUAAAACAAUUAUGUAAAUGUAAACAUAUUUUAAAUGCUUUACAGUCUGCACCAGUGUUAGAUAUAGACAAGACUUUGAAUAAAGAAAUAAACAAAUAUUCCAACAAUACAAUCCCGUAUGUAGUUAUAAGGGGUCUUGUGAGACCAUUGGGUAACCCAAUUACUAGCAACUAUAACAACACAGUCACUGGAGUUGUUCAAAGAUUAACAAUAAAAGAACAUGUAAUAGCAAGGACUUCAGCUGGGUUUUGGUCAGAUCAGACGCGUACAAUACAUGAGGUGUGCAACUCUACACCAUUUGUACUUAGCAAUGGGAAGUACAAUAUUGAAGUGGUUGAUGCUCUUGCUGCCGAGUUACUUGAUAUGGAUGUCAUAUCUGACAAAUUUGAGCCUAUGUCUCCUGGUGUAAUUGAUCAUGUGUGGGGCUUCUUUUCUGGUGUUCGCCAGCGUGGUUUGCAAACUAUGGAAGAAAUGCUCAGAGAUGGCUCCUACAUAACAGCUAUAGGAGAACUAAGUAGAAGCCACACUGGUGCUUUAAAAAUACAACCUCCAAAAGAUGGCUUACCAUUAUAUUUAACUACAGCCACAAAGUCCAGUUUACUGAAAAGAUUAGCUAGUUCCAGAGAUUUCUUAAGAGUGCUCUUAGUAGUUUUCGGCUCAGUGGCGGCAGUAGCAUCGUGUCGCAUAGCAUACAAGUACAUAAAGCGGCGGCGUCGGCGAACCUUGGAGGAGAAUAUUAAGAAACAACUCGCCGUCGGCAGGAAGGAGAGGCGCGCACUCGCGCGAGAUAGAAACCUCACAGAGAUGCAGCUGUGUGUAGUAUGCACAGAGAACCCAAAAGAGAUAAUACUACUUCCUUGUGGGCAUGUUUGUUUGUGUGAAGAUUGCUCAGACAAUAUUACCGACAACUGUCCAGUCUGCCGUGAGAAGAUAAGGUCGAGAGCACCUGCUUUUAUCACAUGAAAAUUGUUUUUAUAAUAUUUUGAAUUUAGGUGUCUUCAGAUUGGGGUAACUUAGGAAACAGUAACAGAGAUGAAUUUAUUAAUGUACAAAAUGUGUUUUUAU